UGCAUUCAUUCGCAAGAAGAUGCGUCUCAUCUUCACCACAUCGCGUGCCACUCAUCACUCACGACUCGAAGCUGCGUUCGCCAACCAGCCAGCCAGCCUCCUUUCUCCACCGAGCAGCGCCGACAGAUGCCUCUCACAAGCCUGAUAUACGAGCCCACAUGCACACGGACAAGCAAGAUGGUGAUAAAUGAGAUUUGACUGCGCCUGCUUCUGCAUUUAGGUGAUCCCAAUGCCGGUAACCUCGAGGGUGAACGAAUCGCACAUACAAAUGGUGACGACCGCGAACAUCGUAUAAGCAGGACGUACCAUUAGCGAGCGCCUCACGUCGCCCACUCGACGAGGCAUCAACAACCAACUCCGUUCACGUUGCCAAGUCAGGCCUUGCCUCCACCAUGCCUCAAGCAGCCUACUACUCCAUGGCCGCUCGCGCGGCGGCAACUAUCCGGGCAAACCGGCCUCGUCUCUUCGCAGCGCAAAAUACCGGCCGCAUCUCUCCCUCACACGUGUGUUGCAGGAUGCGAUCCACAGAGGCUAGCAAAGAUGGUCAUCGAGAAGAUGCCCUGAUGCAGCAAGGUGGUGCCUUGGGAGCGUGGGAGCAGAGUGCGAGACAGAGGGAAGAAGAGGCCAAGAAGCAGCAAGAGCAGCAUCAGCAAGUCUUGCUCAAGGUGGUGGACCAAGAGUCAGCACCGCGCAACCCUCUUGGCGUUCAGCUGCUCUCCAGAAAGUUGCAUCGACAAAUUUUCCCUCCCAAUUCGGAUCCCGCACCGCCCGUGCAUGCCGAUGCCCUCUCUGUCAGCCAAUCGCACCUCUCGACGCACGGGCUAGAAGCAUCUCAAGCUUCAGUCCUUCCUUCUCUUGCUUUCGAUCUGCCUCCCCUGCAAGGCGAAGACCUCAGCGAGCAUUUUUGGAACAUUGGGCGACAGGCUGCACAGCCAUGGCUGGGCAUGGCACAUGAGUUGGCUGCUGCUACGCUCCUCGCAGCGCCAGAGGGCGUGCUCGAUCCGCGCAAGGAGGCGCUGCAGAAUUCUGACGACCAUGACGACGAUGAUGGGCUCACACCUCAAGAGUGGCUGGCCAUCGAGGACGACAAAAUCAGAAAUGACUUGCGCUUGAAUCCUCCUCGAUGGGUCAGACGACCCGGGUGGACUCGAUACCCUGUGCUCAAGUCUGCAGAUGGAAAGAGAAGUGUGCUAGGACCUGGCGAGGCGGUGGAAUACCCAUGUCCAGAGGAUGGUGCUUUGGUAUUCGAUAUCGAAAACAUGGUCAAAUCCGGACCGUGGUCUGUCAUGGCUACGGCAGCCGGGCCGAAUGCUUGGUACUCUUGGCUCAGUCCCUGGCUUCUCGGCGAGGGCGAGGACCACACACGCAAAGAUCAACUUAUCCCCUUUGGACCCAAUUCCGAAGAGGAGCACGUCAAUCGACCUGCACGGCUGAUCGUCGGUCACAAUGUCAGCUAUGACCGAGCGAGAAUCAGAGACGAAUACACUUUAAGGAGGGGCAAUAUGCGAUUCUUGGACACCAUGGCUUUGCACGUCGCGACAAGAGGGAUCAGCAGUCCGCAACGACCCGCCUGGCUGCGUCACGCCAAGAAUCGACAAGAAGCGCUGGCCAAGCAGAAGCAUCAAAAGUCCCAGUACGAACAGGCUUCGCGAGAGGGCAUAGCCGAGUUGCUCGGCGUUGACAUGACUCCUGAAGAAUUGCAGGCCAUCGAGGUUCCUGAUGACAUUGGCAGCUCGGGCCGUUUUGAAGGUGGCACAGCAAGCAAAGGCGAGGAUACACUCGCCCGCGAGGCUGCUUCCAACGCAGCUUCCAGCUUGUGGCUCGAUGCGACUUCCAACAAUUCUCUUGCUGACGUGGCCGAACUUCACUGCGGCAUACACGUGUCCAAAGUGGCUCGCAAUGCUUUUGUGGAAGCAAAAAGCAGAGAGGAGAUUCUUGACCGACUGGACGAGCUGUUGAGCUACUGUGCCAAGGACGUCUCAGUAACACAUGCCGUCUUUUGCAAAGUGUGGCCCACUUUCCUUUCGCACUGUCCUCAUCCUGCUACAGCGGCGGGAGUAUUGGGCCUUGGAAGCACGCUACUCCCAAUUGACGAUGAAUGGGUGGAGUACCAGGAAAAGUGUCAAGCAAAGUAUGAGGAGUCCCAUUCUCAGAUCGCGGCAUCUCUCAAGGAGCUAGCAGAAAGCCUCCGCAACGAGUACACGCAGGGGGUGACGUGGGAUCAGGCAAUGUUGGCGACGAAAGCCAAAGCAGAAGCUGCAAAUUGGCCCGUCGACGCCGAUUUUAAGGCAGGCCGAGCUCUUUUGGAAGCCGAAAAGCAAAGAAGCUGGAUGCGGUGGGAAACUGAUCCAUGGGCUUCGCAGCUGGACUGGACCCCCAAAAAGCCCAAAAAAAUCAAGCCGGGCGCCGUCUCGAUGGCUGGCACAGCGGCAUCAGGAUCGGAAGAGUCGAUCGCCCCGGGUCACAGGCGCGUACCAAAAUGGUACAAGACCUCCGUGCUCUCUACCGCCAAGGGCAUCGGACGCACCUCAGGAGUCGCGCCACUCAUUGCCCAGUUGAGAAUUCAGGAGGGGUAUCUUCUGCAAGACGGAGAUGGAGAUUGGGUGAUGCGCGAUUCCGAAGGUGAUCACGAGCUGGGAUCGGCCCCGCUUAGAGCGCCUUUCAUCAAGGCGAGAGCGUGGGAGAUGCGAAGCGACGCAGGCCCUGCGGGCGAUGAGCUUCUAGAAGCUUUGCAGGCUAGCAAGGUGGUCGAUAAGGACGUUCGAGAAAUCUUUCGGCGCAUUGCAGACGAGCUUGUAGAAAAGUGGCUGGAUAGCGACGCUUCCAAAGGUCAAGGAUGCGCGCCUGAAGAAUCGCAUCCUGCCCUUCUUGAUCUGGACUGGACGUCAGUCGACGUGCCCACUGAGGAAGCCAAAAGAGAGGCCGAGAAGGCUGGUGCAGCACCCGGAUCCUGGUGGCCGAAAUGGUACUGGGAUCUGUACCAGUCUUCUACCGGUGAGCUCGACGUCACGAUCAAGUCGGCGACAGCUCCCUUGCUACUUCGACUCAGCUGGCAAGGCUGUCCACUCUUAAGAAGUCGUGAACACGGCUGGAUUUUUCGACACGAUGCUGACAGCCAUCCCAGCUUCAAGACUCUGCGCGAGCCCGUUUACUUCUUCCACAAUGAUCUCGACGUGAAUUUGCGCUACGACGCCAAUAUGAAGAAGGGCAGAAGCUACUACAAGCUGCCUCAUCCAUCUGGGGACGACUCCAAUGUUGGAUCGCCAUUCACCAAACCGUUCUUGCCUCUGUUUGAGAACGGCACGAUGAGAAGCGAGUUGACAGACGAGGCUGGCAGAGACACGGCCAAGGCGGGACUGGCUAUGCAAGCUCAGUGCAGCUACUGGAUUGGUGUGAGGGAUCGCGUCUCGAAGCAAAUGGUCGUUUGGGAUGAAGAAGGAGGCACUCGCAUGGGUUUCAAAAAGGGCGCAAGCGGUGCUAGAGGCGGUGUUCCUUCGGGCACCAUGGCCAUGAGCGAGUCGGAGAUGCGAGCCUAUUCGAGGGACUGCCAGCGUCGGAAAGGGAUCAUUCUUCCCAGCGUGGUGUCCAUGGGUACGGUCACCAGGCGAGCUAUAGAGCGGACAUGGCUGACGGCAUCUAAUGCCAAGCCAAACCGCGUGGGCUCUGAGCUCAAAGCGAUGGUCAAAGCUCCUCCGGGCUGGUCCAUCGUAGGGGCUGAUGUCGACAGCGAAGAGCUCUGGAUAUGCAGCGUCAUGGGAGAUGCUCAAUUUGGCAUUCACGGAGCAACUGCUAUUGGUUGGAUGACGCUCGAAGGCACCAAAGCGUUGGGCACGGACUUGCACUCCAAGACCGCUUCCAUUCUCGGCACCAGUAGGAACCAAGCCAAAGUCUUCAAUUACUCUCGUAUAUAUGGCGCAGGCAUCAAGCACGCUACCCAACUCAUGAUGAAGGCAGAUCCAGCAAUGACUAAAGCUGCAGCAGAAAGUCUUGCAAGGGAUCUGUACAUCAAGACAAAGGGCACCAAUACGAACACAGAGACUUUGUUCGGUAGGCGGUUUUGGUACGGCGGCAGCGAAAGCUUCGUGUUCAACAAGCUCGAGGAAGUGGCUUUGAGCGAAAAUCCUCGCACGCCCGCUCUGGACUGCGGAAUCACUCUUGCGCUUUCCAAGCAGUACCUCAAUCAGGGCAAGACUCCGACGGGAAAAGCGCAAGAAGAGUUCAUGCCGAGCAGAAUCAAUUGGGUUGUGCAAAGCAGCGGUGUCGACUACCUUCACCUGCUGCUCGUCUCCAUGGAAUACUUGUGUCAGAUCUACGGCAUCAAAGCUCGCUUCAUGCUCAGCGUUCAUGACGAGGUGCGGUACCUAUGUACGGACGAAGACAGGCAUCGCUGCGCAAUGGCGUUGCAGAUUGCCAAUCUUUGGACGCGCGCCAUGUUCGCCCACAAGCUCCAGAUGGACGAUCUGCCACAAGGAGUCGCGUUCUUUGCUGCUGUAGACGUCGACAAGAUUUUGCGAAAAGAGGCCGAUGAUGCUUGCGUCACGCCAAGUCAACCCGACGCGAUUCCACCUGGCUACGCUCUCGAUGUGGAGCAGACAUUGGCGAGGACGAACGGCGGCUCACUUCAUGCUGACGGCAGGUCCAACUUGCAUCAGCCGCCGGUGCGCGAGCGCCCAUGCGAGGAUCCGUCACGCCCGAGCGGAUUCUACGGCUCUUCGGGCAGUUCGGGUUCUUCGAACGCGCCGAUAGAACCUGUAUACAGGCGCUCGGAUCAGACACACCGCUCUGAUGAUGAGCGGUGCAAGCUAUACUUACAGGCUCAAGCAGCAGAGGACCUUGCAGAAAUUCGCCUGUUGGAGCGUCGUGCCAAAGAGGCUGAACGUGGGGAUCGCCAAGAUGCAGCCUCCAAAAUUCGCGCAACACGUCGAUCCAACUCUGCUCCGCUCCCUUCUACGACAGCGACUGCCAGACCGAGCAUAAGUGCAAGUGCAGGCGGUGCAAGCAAGUCUCCCAUCGCUAGCUUUCACACUUCUGCUCGCAGUAGCGCACUUGUCACAACGGAAACCCCUGCUGCGCAAUCGUACUUGCCAAAAUCGCUUCAUGCGAUUGUCAAAGCUUUUCCGCGACGAGCAGCGCGCCUUCGCAAGCCAUUCUAUCUAGUCUCGGAGCAUCGCGCUGCUGUGCGCUGGGCACUCUACCGUCCGCUCUUGCAAGCUGCUCCGCCAGACUUGCCUCUGCUGACCAAAUGGAUCCGACACGCCUUCAAUAGAAGCAAGAAUAUCACCAGCCCAGCCGAGACGCUGGCUCAGAUCGAGCUCGCCGAAUCGAUGCUUCGGAUGUGUGACAAGGCGAAAGAGGGCGAGCAAGAAGCUCGGAUAGAAUUGGAAGCUUUUUAUGAAUCGCUGCGCAAUCAACAAGACCUGGACAAGUCGGGCCAAGCGUUGAAGUCACACCUGCGAGAACAGACUCCGCGGCGCGUGCCUCGCCAUUCUGGGGCUCUUUUGCCUCCUACAUUUGCCAAUCCCCCUCUCCCACGCUACAAGCCGGUACAGCCCAUGGGUAUCACCAUGAUGAUUCGCAGGCGCAGAGCGGUUCGUUUCAAGCGGAUCAUGGCCAGCGCGGACCUGGACGUGCUUUGGGACUCUGUCAAGUUCGAAUGCGAGUUGAUGAAGCGUCUUGGAGGAAGAUACGCAGAAGCUACGGGCUGGGAUAGUGCGGAAAGCUGGAGAACUCAAUUUGACGAGCGCAUGGAUACCUGGCAAGCGGCCUACAACAGGGAAAAGGCUCGGGCUCAAUUGGUCUUUCCGCGCCAAAUAUUGAUCCUGGCUAAAAGGGCUCGUCUUGCAAAGCAAAGGGCACGUCUGAAGCGCAAGCACGCACUCACGAAGCUGCGUGACUUGGCAGAGAGUGGAGAAUCUCCGCGGGCGUCGUCGUCGUCGGCUCCGCAAACAGUCAAUGAUGCCGUAUCCGCAACGCUGUAGCGAACGGCACGUGUCGAUGUAUGCAUACAAUGAUACCCAUGUGCUGCUGCUGCUUCAUGUUUCGCAAUCAAUGCCGACAUCGACAUCGAGGACCAGCGCGCCGGCGCGAGGAAAUGCAGAGAUCGAGCAGCACCGGGAUU